GACCAUGCAGUCGGACGACCUGGUGUGGAAGCUCAUCAACAAUGGCCACUGCUCGUACAAGAUGACUGCGCGGACCACCAAGUUCUGCCGCAACGAGUACAACCUGACGGGCCUGUGCAACCGGGCGUCGUGUCCGCUGGCCAACUCCAAGUUUGCCACGGUGCUGGAGGAGGCCGGAACGAUGAUGCUGUGCAUCAAGGAGGUGGAGCGGGUGCACACGCCCAAGGACACCUGGCUCAAGAUCCCGCUCUCCAAGAACUAUGCCAUCGCACUCAAGCAAAUCGACGACCACCUCGAGCACUGGGACUCGUUUGUCAUCCACAAGUGCAAGCAGCGUCUGACCCGGCUGACGCAGGUUCUUAUCCGCAUGCGCAAGCUCGCCGUCAAGGUCCAGCCCAAGCUUGUCCGUGUCAACAAGAAGCGCGAUCGCCGCGACGCACGCCGUGAGGAGAAGGCCCUGCGCGCCGCUGUCGUCGAGCGCGCCAUCGAGAAGGAGCUCCUCGCCCGCCUCCACCAGAACGUGUACCCCAACUCGGAGGAGAUCCUCAACGCCUCGCCGUCCAUGUUCAACAAGGUCCUUGACGACACCGAGACCAAGCCCGACGAGCUCGACGCUCAGCUGGCUGCCGACGAGGAACGUGACAUGGAGGAGGCCUCAGGGAACGCCGAGCGCGAGCGCGAGGAGCUGACUGUCGACGAGAAGACGGUGGUCCGCGAGUUUAUUGAGGACCUCGACCUCGACUUUUCGUUCCUGCAGGACGUCGAGGACGUGCCGUACGCGCCUGCUGCGGCGUCGUCGUCGGCAAAGGGCACCACCAACUCGACCGACUUCUUCAAGGCCGUCCAGGACGCCAAGAAGAAGCGCCCGGCGGAUGACGAGGCCAACAACAAGCGCCCGCGCAAGAAGCCGGCCCGGUCCAAGGCCAAGGCAGCCAAGCACCGCGAGCUCGAGCUCGAGCGCGAGACCGAGCCCGCACGGGCCAGCCGCGCCUCGCGCCGCAACUGAGCCUGCUACGGGGGCGAGUGGACAGGCAGGCCCGAGAGCGACGAGGAACGGCGCGAGGUCCGGGCUGCCCGCCGCGACGCCGACGGUGAGCCUGCUACGUUCUUGUCAGCCAUGCUGGCCUUCGGCGAGCCUGGAGGGCUCUCGCCACUCCCGUCACUCCUGUCGCUGCUGCCGAUAGAUACAAAGGCGCGCGCGGUCGAGGCUCCGCCGCCGAGCUCGCCCAGUGGGUCGUCGAGGCCGUCGUUGGCGGGCAAGACGCGUGGCUCGGGGUGCGGCUCGGUCGUGUCGGGCGUCCCGGCCUCAGGCGCCCAAUUGGCGAGAUACUGCACCGACGACGCGUAAAGCGCAAGCGCAUAGCC